UCUUCCUUUAGAUAAACCUUUAUCCAAUCCACUGAAAAGUCCAUGCACCGGAAUUAACCUGCCAGUGGAAUUACUCUGAAAAGUCCUUUGCUUCCACUUCAAUUAACACCAAAACCCUACCCCCCUUCUUCUUCUUCUUCUCUCUCUCUCUCUCUCUCUCUCUCUCUCUUGUUCCUCCUUCCUGUUCGACCAAAUCAAUCGAAGCGAAGACCCAACUCGAAGCAAAAACAUCUUCUUCUUCAUCGCGAUCGUCUUCAAUUUCAAUGGCGUACGUAGAUCACGCCUUCUCGAUUUCGGACGAAGACAUCAUGAUGGACUCCUCCUACACCUUGAACAACCGGCCCCCGAUCAAGGAGAUCGCCCUCGCCGUCUCCCUCCUCGUCUUCGGAACCCUGGGUAUCAUCAUCGGGAUCCUCAUGACCGUUAAUCGCGUCGGCGGCGACCGAGCUCACGGGAUUUUCUUUGCGAUACUGGGUUCGGUUCUGUUCAUUCCGGGAUUCUAUUACACGCGGAUUGCAUACUACGCCUACAAGGGUUACAAAGGUUUCUCUUUCUCCAACAUUCCCCCCGUGUAGUAAAGAUUUGUUACCCCAAAAACUCCUGUCUCAUGUAGACGUGUACAGAUGUUUUUUCUUUGUUCACUGCUGUUUCUUUUUAUUCUUCUUUUUAUUUGUGCCUAAAUAACAAUUGCUACACUUCUCCUUUGUUUUUGAGAAAUAGAAAACUUUUAGUCCUUUUUGUUGGCAAACAUGUUGUAUAAGUUGAAUGUAAUGCACACUGUGUCUGUGAUCUUUUCUUAUUGUUACCUGUUCUGGAAAUACAUACUUUUGCUGAGAAUAAUUUAAUCGCUAUUGUAAUCUAUUGUUUA